CACAGCUCGAGGUCACGUGACUCCCGUCCCUGCCAACGUGUAGCGUCACGUGAUCUCUCUCCACUGCGCUUUCUCCCGGAAGCGGAAGUAAAGCUUCCGGCAGCGAUGAGUGUGACGUACGGCGCAGGGGGACAUCUCCGGAGGAGGAAGCAGUAGGAGACGGGCGGAGGCUUCUUCUCUCAGAAUGCUAUUUCGAUGAUACAGUAUGUUGGUCACGGCAUAUUUGGUCCUCGUUGGCCUCUUGGCUCUGUGGGCAGUGUUAGAGUUCUCGGCUUGCCAUUCCAAAAAUUCCCCCACCAGCAACACAGUAGGGAACCCGGCUUUCCGACAGUUUCAGCAUGACUUUUUCAGAGCCUAUUUCCCAGCGUUGGCAGCAGAUUGGCUGCAAGGUCCCUACCUGUACAAACUGUACCAGCACUACAACUUUCUGGAGGGACAGAUUGCCAUCAUAUAUGUGUGUGGCUUUGGGGCCACUGUGCUAUCGGGUUUGGUGAGUGCUCCCCUGACAGGACGCCUUGGUCGACGGAAAUCCUGUAUACUUCUUUCCCUCCUCCUCGCGGGAUGUUACCUUUGCAAACUGUCUCGGGACUAUUUUGUGCUCCUAACUGGGCGUGUUCUGGGUGGAUUCUCAAGCUCCUUGUUAUUUUCUUCCUUUGAGUCAUGGUAUGCUCAUGAACAUGCCGAACAUCAUGAUUUCCCUGCCGAAUGGCUCCCUCACACCUUCUCUCAAGUGUCCACCUGGAAUGGCGCCAUUGCUAUUGUUGCAGGAGUAAGUGCAAAUGCCUGCGCAGAGUGGCUAGGAUUUGGGCCAGCUUCACCCUCUGUGCUAGCAGUACCACUUCUAGUUCUGUCUGUAGCCCUAGUGAUCCGGGACUGGGAUGAGAACCAUGGACAGAGCAGCAGCUGUACCCGCAGCUGUGGCGAUGGCUUGAGAUGCCUUCUGAGAGACCGCCGUGUAUUGCUUUUAGGUGCCAUACAGGCAUUAUUUGAGAGUGUGGUUUACAUCUUCAUAUUCCUCUGGACUCCUGUACUGGACCCUCAUAAUACUCCUCUUGGUAUUGCCUUUUCUGGCUUUAUGGCAGCAAGUGCAGCUGGUUCAUCGCUCUACCGUCUUGCUACUUCAAAGAAAUAUCACCUCCAACCCAUGCACAUCCUCUGCCUAUCUGUACUCAUGGUUUUCUUCUCCCUCUUCAUGCUAACCUUCUCUACAGGGCCAGGGCAGGAGCGUCCAACAGAGUCUUUCCUGGCAUUCCUCCUCAUCGAGCUAGCGUGUGGACUCUACUUCCCAGCAAUGAGUUUUCUGAGGCGUCGACUGAUCCCAGAAAAGGAACAAACGGGUGUAAUGAACUGGUUCAGAGUUCCUCUGAACCUUCUUGCUGGACUAGGUCUUCUUGUGCUUCAUGACAGUGACUAUCAGAGCGGUACGAGAAGUAUGUUCAGUUUGUGCGCGGUCACAAUGCUGCUCGCACUUCUCAGCGUGGUUGGCCUUUUCUCAUUGGUGAGGAAUGACUCUGAUCUACGGAUACCAAGUUCUGAGGCUGAGCCCAGUGGGUCUGAGCUCUAAAUUGA